CUUUUGAUGAACUUUUCACUUGUAGCUGCAGAUUUGGUGCAUAGUUGCCCUUAACUCCUUUUAAAGGAACCAAAUCAUUACAACUGAAGCAAGCAUCCAACCAGAACUAUUUAUUGCAUAAUGCAGACAAAUCAACAAAAUUGCGUCGUGGAUCCAAACAAGUUGGGGUCGUCUAUAUGAAUCCUCAGGGACCGGCAUGCUCCAUUUAAGCUUAUCUCAGGCUAAUGUUUUACAAAGUAAAAAUAAAGGACAUAAUGCAAGUUAAAUAAUCUGACUAAAAGGAUGAUAGUGACUGUCCUUACUACAUCAUUAGUUGAAAGGAAAAAAGGGAGUGAUAAUUCCAUGAACUGUGCAAAUGCAAAUUGCCAAAAACUCCAAAAAUAAAAGUUGCACUCUUCCUAAUUAGAGAGGUGUCCAGCUAUCUUUCUGUAUUUGGAUUAAGUGAAUGGCCGCAGAGUAUGCUACAUCUAGAGUUGUCAGCUUUUCUCCUGUCUUGUGUAGCUGUGGUUAGUAAAGAAAAUCAAUGGCAUCAAAAGGUAAUGUUUUUCGGUUGGAAGCAGCUCUACCAAUCAAAGAACACUUGAAUGAGGCCCGGAAACCGGUAAAACCUAAAUGGUUGAAUGAAGAAGUGUGGUCUAAGCUGUUGAUAUUAUGGGACACUCCUGAAUAUAAGGCGAAGAGGGAACAGGCAAAGGUAAAUCAAGAGUCUGAAACGGCUGGCUUGCUGCACACCGGAGCUUCGAUGAGUUCCACUACCCACCAAAGAAGACUGAAAUUCCUAAAUGGGGGAGUAGAUGUACCUCUUUCUAAACCUAAAUCCUUCAAAGAGACGCAUAAGAAGAAAAAGUCGGACAGUACAAGAGCAGAAUGGGUCGAACCUCGUGCUAAGGCUGCAUAUGAUUUCAAAAAAGCAUUGAAGAUUGGCGUCGUCAAACUCAACCUGCUUUAGAGGAUGGUACCAUGGUCCAACCAUCGCCUGCUGAUAUGACUAGAAAAUUGAAAACUGUGGUAGGUGGUCGAAAGAAGGGUAAAACCCACGGGCUUGGAGUUAACCAAUCCUCGAGUAGUUCUUUCCCAAUGUUGCCCAACUCCGCUUUUAUUUAGCAAAAUGCGGAAGAAUUGGAAGCGAUGAAAAAUAAAAUUGAAGAGUUGACGCAGCAGUGUGCAACUAGUGAUGCCAAAUUUGUCAAGUUUGAGGCGCUAUUCAAGAAGCAUAUGCCUCAAGUAUUUGAGGAUGAGGAAGAUAGUGAAUCAAAUGAUUAGAUUGUCGUUUUUGGUUCUUGUUUAUGAUUGUGAUGUGUAGACUUAAACUAUUAGAAUUAGUGUUUGUUUUGGAUUGUGACGUUUAGACUUAUACUUGUCUUGAAAUGUUUAAACUAUUUAACUUGUUUGUUUUGGAUAUUUUAAAGUGGUUGAA